GCCUCCUUUGUGAUCUUCGUUAUCCUCUGGCAGACUGAGUUUGGUUUUUCGCGGAAGUUUUUAUGAAAGUUGCCAUCGCAAACUGACCAAUUACAUUUUUGACAAUCAAGUUACCAUACCGUGAUGGGGUUGGUCCACUGGUUCGGAUCGGCAGAAAUGCUCGGAUGGCUCGUGGCGGGUCUCCUAUUUGCAGUCGGCCAUCAUCUUUUCUACAGCAACUUGGCGGGCCACGAGGCGCCCACGGGAUCAUAUGCUCUCGGCGCCCUUAGUUACUCGAAACAGGAAGCAUUUUUUUCCAACACAAGUCUCGAACUCGCCAUGGGCAUCGCUUACUUUCAACUGUUCUGGCAACCAGCAGUGGACGGCUGGCCCACCAAUCUGGAUGACCUCGAUAUCACAUAUUCGGUGCUCGACAAUAUGCUGCAACUGUUCCGGUUCAAGAUCUGGUGGAACGACCUGUGGCAUGGGCGCUGGCGCUCUUCGUCUGGCUGA